UUUCGAAAAAACGAUGACAUGAAAGCAAUGGAUGUUUUGCCAAUUUUGAAGGAAAAAGUGGCCUACCUUUCAGGCGGCAGAGACAAGCGCGGAGGCCCCAUCCUCACGUUCCCAGCCCGCAGCAACCACGACAGAAUACGGCAGGAGGACCUCCGCAGGCUCAUCUCCUACCUGGCCUGCAUCCCCAGCGAGGAGGUGUGCAAGCGCGGCUUCACGGUGAUCGUGGACAUGCGUGGCUCCAAGUGGGACUCCAUCAAGCCCCUGCUGAAGAUCCUGCAGGAGUCUUUCCCCUGCUGCAUCCACGUGGCCCUCAUCAUCAAGCCCGACAACUUCUGGCAGAAGCAGCGGACGAACUUCGGCAGCUCUAAAUUUGAAUUUGAGACGAACAUGGUCUCCUUAGAAGGCCUCACCAAAGUGGUCGAUCCUUCCCAGCUCACCCCCGAGUUCGACGGCUGCCUCGAAUACAACCACGAGGAGUGGAUCGAGAUCAGGGUGGCCUUUGAGGACUACAUCAGCAACGCCACCCACAUGCUGUGUCGGCUGGAAGAGCUGCAGGACAUCCUGGCCAAGAAGGAGCUGCCGCAGGACUUGGAGGGGGCCCGCAACAUGAUGGAGGAGCAUUCCCAGCUCAAGAAGAAGGUGAUCAAGGCCCCCAUCGAGGACGUGGAUCUGGAGGGGCAGAAGCUGCUCCAGAGGAUCCAGAGCAGCGACAGCUUCCCCAAGAAGAACUCGGGCUCGGGCAACGCGGACCUGCAGACCCUCCUGCCCAAGGUGUCCGCCGUGCUGGACAGGCUGCACUCCACGCGGCAGCACCUGCACCAGAUGUGGCACGUGAGGAAGCUCAAGCUGGACCAGUGCUUCCAGCUGCGGCUGUUUGAGCAGGACGCUGAGAAGAUGUUUGACUGGAUCACACACAACAAGGGCCUGUUUCUGAACAGCUACACCGAGAUCGGGACCAGCCACCCGCACGCCAUGGAGCUGCAGACACAGCACAGCCACUUUGCCAUGAACUGCAUGAACGUGUACGUGAACAUCAACCGCAUCAUGUCGGUGGCCAGUCGCCUGGUGGAGUCCGGCCACUACGCCUCGCAGCAGAUCAAGCAGAUCGCCAACCAGCUGGAGCAGGAGUGGAAGGGCUUUGCCGCCGCCCUGGACGAGCGCAGCACCUUGCUGGACAUGUCAUCCAUUUUCCAUCAGAAGGCCGAGAAGUACAUGAGCAACGUGGACUCGUGGUGCAAGGCGUGCGGCGAGGUGGACCUGCCCUCGGAGCUGCAGGACCUGGAGGAGGCCAUCCACCACCACCAGGGCAUAUACGAGCACAUCACCCUGGCCUACUCAGAGGUGAGCCAGGACGGGAAGUCGCUGCUCGACAAGCUCCAGCGGCCGCUGACCCCCGGCAGCUCCGACUCCCUCACGGCCUCGGCGAACUACUCCAAGGCCGUGCACCACGUGCUGGACGUCAUCCACGAGGUGCUGCACCACCAGCGGCAGCUGGAGAACAUCUGGCAGCACCGCAAGGUCCGGCUCCACCAGCGGCUGCAGCUGUGCGUCUUCCAGCAGGACGUGCUGGACUGGAUCGAGAACCAUGGAGAGGCGUUCCUGAGCAAGCACACGGGCGUGGGGAAGUCUCUUCAUCGGGCCAGAGCGCUGCAGAAGCGCCACGAGGACUUUGAAGAAGUCGCGCAGAACACGUACACCAACGCGGAUAAGCUGCUAGAAGCAGCGGAACAGCUGGCCCAGACCGGGGAGUGUGACCCAGAAGAGAUCUAUCAGGCCGCCCAUCAGCUCGAAGACCGGAUACAGGACUUCGUGCGGCGGGUCGAGCAGCGGAAGAUCCUGCUGGACAUGUCGGUGUCCUUCCACACCCACGUGAAGGAGCUCUGGACGUGGCUGGAGGAGCUGCAGAAGGAGCUGCUGGACGAUGUGUACGCCGAGUCGGUGGAGGCCGUGCAGGACCUCAUCAAGCGCUUCGGCCAGCAGCAGCAGACCACCCUGCAGGUGACCGUGAACGUGAUCAAGGAGGGCGAGGACCUCAUCCAGCAGCUGAGGGACUCGGCCAUCUCCAGCAACAAGACGCCGCACAACAGCUCCAUCAGCCACAUCGAGACGGUGCUGCAGCAGCUGGACGAGGCGCAGGCGCAGAUGGAGGAGCUCUUCCAGGAGCGCAAGAUCAAGCUGGAGCUCUUCCUGCAGCUGCGCAUCUUCGAGCGCGACGCCAUCGACAUCAUCUCGGACCUGGAGUCCUGGAACGACGAGCUUUCCCAGCAGAUGAACGACUUCGACACGGAGGACCUCACCAUCGCCGAGCAGCGCCUGCAGCACCACGCGGACAAGGCCUUGACCAUGAACAACCUGACCUUCGACGUCAUCCACCAGGGGCAAGACCUCCUGCAGUACGUCAACGAGGUGCAGGCCUCAGAUGGGGGGACCGCGGCCGUUAGAGACGCCCUUAGCAACCCCCUGCACACAGAGUCUCCUUUUACGCAAGUGCCAGGCCUCCUCCAGCAUAAACUGGGGAAGACCCACCAGAGCGCCCUGCAGGUGCAGCAGAAGGCGGAGGCCAUGCUGCAGGCCAGCCACUACGACAUGGACACCAUCAGGGACUGCGCCGAGAAGGUGGCCUCGCACUGGCAGCAGCUCAUGCUCAAGAUGGAGGACCGCCUCAAGCUGGUGAACGCGUCCGUGGCCUUCUACAAGACCUCGGAGCAGGUCUGCAGCGUCCUGGAGAGCCUGGAGCAGGAGUACAAGCGGGAGGAGGACUGGUGUGGGGGGGCGGACAAACUGGGCCCCAAUUCCGAGACGGAUCACGUCACCCCCAUGAUCAGCAAGCACCUGGAGCAGAAGGAGGCCUUCCUGAAGGCCUGCACGCUGGCGAGGAGGAACGCCGACGUCUUCCUCAAGUACCUGCACAGGAACAGCGUGAACAUGCCGGGCAUGGUGACCCACGUCAAGGCCCCGGAGCAGCAAGUGAAAAACAUCUUGAACGAGCUCUUCCAGCGGGAGAACAGGGUGCUGCACUACUGGACCAUGAGGAAACGGCGGCUGGACCAGUGCCAGCAGUACGUGGUCUUCGAGCGCAGUGCCAAGCAGGCUUUGGAGUGGAUCCAUGACAACGGGGAGUUCUACCUGUCCACACACACCUCCACGGGUUCCAGCAUACAGCACACGCAGGAGCUCCUGAGGGAGCACGAGGAGUUCCAGAUCACCGCCAAGAGUAAGAGCCUCCAGCUCGACAUCAUCCCCGCCAGCAUCCCCGGGUCCGAGGUGAAGCUUCGGGACGCCGCUCACGAGCUCAACGAAGAAAAGCGGAAAUCUGCCCGCAGGAAAGAGUUCAUCAUGGCCGAGCUCAUCCAGACGGAGAAGGCCUACGUCCGGGACCUCCGCGAGUGCAUGGACACCUACCUGUGGGAGAUGACCAGCGGCGUGGAGGAGAUCCCCCCGGGCAUCGUCAACAAGGAGCUCAUCAUCUUCGGGAACAUGCAGGAGAUCUACGAGUUUCACAACAACAUAUUCCUGAAAGAGCUGGAGAAAUACGAGCAGUUGCCGGAGGACGUUGGGCAUUGCUUUGUCACUUGGGCAGACAAGUUUCAGAUGUACGUCACCUACUGCAAAAACAAGCCUGAUUCCACCCAGCUGAUCCUGGAACACGCGGGCUCCUACUUUGAUGAGAUCCAGCAGCGGCAUGGACUAGCCAAUUCCAUCUCUUCCUACCUGAUCAAACCGGUUCAGCGGAUAACCAAGUACCAGCUCCUUCUGAAAAAGCACAUGGUUGCCCUCAAGCCGGGGCGGAAGGUGGGGGCCGAGCUGCUGGUGCUGGCGUUCGCCCUUCGCUUUCUGACUCCGCGAGGGCCGUCGGUCCUCCGUGUCCUGGAGCCAGCAGGGUGUGUCGGGUUUGAUGAAAAUAUCGAGUCUCAGGGAGAACUUAUCCUGCAGGAAUCCUUCCAAGUGUGGGACCCAAAAACCUUAAUUCGAAAGGGUCGAGAACGGCACCUCUUCCUUUUUGAGAUGUCCUUGGUGUUUAGUAAAGAAGUGAAAGAUUCCAGCGGGAGAAGCAAAUACCUUUACAAAAGCAAACUGUUUACCUCAGAGCUGGGUGUCACAGAACACGUCGAGGGAGAUGCUUGCAAGUUUGCACUGUGGGUGGGCAGGACGCCAACUUCAGAUAACAAGAUCGUCCUGAAGGCCUCCAGCAUAGAAAACAAGCAGGACUGGAUCAAGCACAUCCGCGAGGUGAUCCAGGAGCGGACGGUGCACCUGAAGGGGGCCCUGAAGGAGCCCAUCCACCUCCCCAAGACCGCGCCGGCCGCCAGGCAGAGGGGCAGGAGGGACGGGGAGGACCUGGACAGCCAAGGAGACGGCAGCAGCCAGCCGGACACCAUCUCCAUCGCCUCCCGCACCUCUCAGAACACGCUGGACAGUGACAAGGUGCGCCGGGGCCCCGCGGCUGGGGCUGGGGGCAGCCGCUCUACGUGA